AUGGGCGUGACACACAUUGCUCAAGGUAACGCGUCGUCUACUUCUGGCCCCCGCAAGAACCGCCGACGAACGACCAAAAAGGCUCCCCGAUUAGCUGACUUGCAGCACAACGAUGGCGACGAACAAAUGGACGAUCUCGACCAGAAAGAUAAGCCAGAUGUACUGGAAGCAUCAGGCUCGGGCGACAAGAAAACCACCGACGAUGACGAUGAAAUUGUGAUCGACGACGAUGCAUCAUCUAUACCGCAACCAUCUACCCUACCUGCAUUCGCCCCAUUGCCUGCAAAUGCUGAUAAAACUACCUUGAAAUCGGAAAUAAGGAGAAUACCCAUACCCCCUCAUCGAAUGACACCCAUCAAGGCGGAUUGGAUCAACAUAUUUGGGCCGUUGACGGAGAUCCUGGGAUUGCAAGUGCGCAUGAAUGUACAACGGCGAAGCGUUGAAAUUAGGACAUCAAGGCACACAAAAGAUAUCGGUGCACUUCAGAAGGGCGCUGAUUUCGUGAAGGCAUACGCCCUCGGCUUCGACGUCAAGGACGCUAUCGCACUACUACGUCUCGAUGAUCUUUACCUUGAUUCGUUUGAAAUCAAGGAUGUCAAAACCUUGCACGGUGACCACCUGUCUCGAGCCAUAGGCCGUAUUGCAGGACAAGACGGCAAAACAAAAUUUACCAUCGAAAAUGCAAGCCGCACUCGUAUUGUACUUGCCGAUACUAAGAUACAUAUUAUGGGCUCAUUCCAGAACAUCAAAAUUGCUCGGGAUGCCAUUGUAUCCCUCAUCCUAGGCUCACCUCCAGGCAAAGUCUACGCAGGCCUUCGAACAAUCAGCAGUAGGAUGAGGCAGCGCGCUCUUUAG